AACGGGGCGGGAAGGAAGAAGUGGAGGGGGGAGGGAGAAAGCCUCUGUGGUUCUUGGACAGGCCUGGCGAUCCCUUUCAUGCAGAAACCCAGAAAGUCAAAGUCUGAUCACCUUAUUCAUUGUCCCUGGACACCGGUUCCCUCCCGAGACCGCAGGCUCACCCAUUGGCACGCGGGGGAGGGGGGACCGGUAAGGGGCUGUGGUGACUUCAUCUCAGUGACGCGGGGAUUCCUCGCCUAGCCGCCUUCAAUGCCCUGUCCUCUCGGUGGGGCGGGUGCCGAGUGCCAUCGAGGGCGCAGGAGAAAGAAGUCCAGGGGCUGAUUGUAGGGCGGUUGUGUCCAGGCCUCAGGAGCUAUUUCUGGCUGGUCACGGCUCCCACGCAGGCCCUUUCUCAGGAAAUUAACAUUCAGUCUGCUGAUUGUGCCUUGGCUUAGGUUGCUGGAUGUGUUCAGAAGCAGCACUCCAUAGGUUCUGGGCCUUUAGAGCUUGGCCCCGGGGCUUGCGUUGUGGUCGGGCUUCUGUGUCAUGCCCCUCCUUCAGUGAGGCAGCGUGUAUUUGGGUCCUAUUUCCAAAUGGAGAUCUGGUGUCUGUGGAAAUCAUUCUGACCACCGCUUCAGCCACCAUAGGAGUGGCAAGAUCCUACCUGCCAGGUGAAGGGCAGACCACUGACUUUUGACCUGUACCUGCUGGUCCUUCUGACUUAUAGAGGCCCAGCAUGGGUGAAUUCAACGAGAAGAAGGCAACAUGUGGCACGGUCUGCCUCAAGUAUCUGCUGUUCACCUACAACUGCUGCUUCUGGCUGGCUGGCCUGGCUGUCAUGGCAGUGGGCAUUUGGACACUGGCCCUCAAGAGUGACUACAUUAGUCUGCUGGCUUCAAGCACUUACCUAGCCACAGCCUACAUCUUAGUGGUGGCUGGUGUUGUUGUCAUGGUGACCGGAGUCCUGGGCUGCUGUGCCACUUUCAAGGAGCGACGGAAUCUGUUACGCUUGUACUUCAUCCUACUCCUCAUCAUCUUCCUACUGGAGGUCAUUGCUGGCAUCCUGGCCUAUGUCUAUUACCAGCAGCUGAACACAGAGCUCAAGGAGAAUCUGAAGGACACCAUGAUCAAGAGAUAUCACCAGCCAGGCCAGGAGGGUGUGACCAGUGCUGUAGACAAGCUGCAGCAAGAGUUCCACUGCUGUGGCAGCAACAACUCUCAAGACUGGCGAGACAGUGAGUGGAUCCGCUCUGGUGAGGCAAGCAACCGUGUGGUUCCUGACAGCUGCUGUAAGACUGUGGUACCUGGCUGCGGUCGCCGGGACCAUGCCUCCAACAUCUAUAAAGUGGAGGGUGGCUGUAUCAGUAAGCUGGAGACCUUCAUUCAGGAGCACCUGCGGGUCAUCGGGGCUGUGGGCCUCGGCAUCGCCUGUGUGCAGGUCUUCGGCAUGAUCUUCACCUGCUGCUUGUACAGAAGCCUCAAGUUGGAGCACUACUGACCAUGGUGCCAGGCCAGGCUGCCAGCCUUGCACUAUGUCCCACCCCACUACAAAGUACUACUGAGUUAGACUGCUGACUGCCAGAGAGGUAGCUGUCCUCAUGCCAUCACUACGACCCCUGGCGACCCCACCUCAGGGGUAGCUUCAAGUGCCUUUCACUGCAUACCAAAGUCCCAAGGCUUGAGGCAGUGUACUUGUCCCAGCAUAAGAGGGGGCCGGUUGCCAGUGUUGGGCUAGGCCUAGCUGGUAGAAUAGGGUUCAGAUUAUUUGACAAAAGUGCCUCUUGCCCACAGGCUACUUUUCUUUGGGUAGCUGUCAUUUGUAAUAAGUUUGGGGAGAACUUGGGCAUACCACCUGCAUGGUGGGUAGAAGCAGGUGGGAAGGGGUAGUUCUGGGUGGGCUAGGUACCUUUCAUGCCCGCUGCUGGGAACCCUCAGAUCUGCUUACCCCAAACUAAUGGGGCAAGCUGAGGGGAACCACACCCCCACAGCAUAUGCCUUGUCCUCUCCAUCCAGGCCUUUCUUGCUCCUAACAGCCUCAGCCCUGGCUUUUGCCCACUUCUGAUAACACCAUGCAAAUGCCCCACGUUCCUGUACACUGUCUCCUUUUGGAACAUCUGAAUGGGGCACGGCUGUUUUCAUCCACUGCUGUAUCCCAGAUGCCCACAUGUGCUCCUGCUAUGUAACAGGUGCUCAAUAAAUGUAUAAACAGUC